AUGGGUGUUCCAGAUUCGACAAAUGACCAUGUGUUCCACAACUGGGCUAAGUUGCCCAUCACCCGCGAGGAAUUUGCUCGCGAAUCGAGUGAACAAAUGAGCUUGCAUUAUUCCGAGCCACUGCCUGGCGCGGAGAAGCUAUUAUUAAACCUCAGCCGCGCGCGUAGUGCUUCUUCUAGAGAGAAAUUUGCGCUAGCCUUGGCAUCCAGCACCAAGAGCCAUAGCUACGAGUUGAAAACGUCGAGACCAGAAACAAAUCGGCUUCUUAACUUCUUUCAGCCCGACAGGCGUGUUCUAGGUGAUGACCCACGAGUGCGACAGGGUCGGGGGAAGCCAGCACCAGACAUAUAUUUAGUCGCAUUACAGUUAUUGAAUUCUGUGGCAGACCCGGGCGAAAAAGCCAUCAUGCCCAAUGAAUGUUUGGUUUUCGAAGACAGUGUGGCCGGCGUAGAGGCUGGAAGACGGGCUGGGAUGAGAGUCGUUUGGGUGCCGCAUCCAACUGUGGCAAUUGAGUAUCAGGCGAGGCAGAAAUAUGUACUAGCUUGGAGGACGGGCAUGAUUGAGAUCGGAGACGAUUGGCAGCUACGUGAGAUUGACGAUGGUUGGGCUGAGAGCAUACCGAAUUGGAGAAUUUCAACUACAAAAAGUACGGCAUCGAAGUGCCAUCCUAAUGAUCUUUAUGGAACAAUUUCGGUCAAAUUGGUCCUCUCAUAA